AGAUCACUCGAUCAGCGGCCUGCGUUCCCGAUGCUCUCAGCCUCUCUGCUUACCUCCCAAGCUCCCAGCACUCGCUACGACGCCGUCAGAAUCCUUCUAGAAAGACAAAACAAAAACGUAGUCGAACUCGAUUUGCUUACAGAGAAUCUACCGCAGAGGGCAAGCAGAUAGCAAUUGUCUGGCGGAACUCACCACAAACAACCACGACCCCUCAAAACGCUGGCCUAGAUUUUCAAUGCAUUGAAGUCCUUCAAGCCUGUUUGCUGUUUCGCCCUGAUGUUGAAAAGUUCAGCCUCCAUAGCUCUAUCAGGCCCAGCUCCUUCCUCCGUUGUUGGGUUGGUGGGAAAAUGGAGGAAGAAGACCCACCAAAACAGGAACUUGACACGACCCCUCCAUUUUAGCACCACCAGCCAAGCAUCGUUUGCAAACCCUAAGAGCUCCGCCACUCCCAUGGAGGUGGAGAUCAAGCUCCGCCUUCCGGACUCCACCGCUCACCAGAAGGUCUCGGACGCCCUCUCCCCCUUCCACAUCAAAACCCUUGCCCAAGAGAAUAUCUUCUUCGACGGCGAGGGCUCGGAGCUUGUCAAGAACCUCGCCGCACUGCGCCUCCGGUUUUAUGACCUCGACUCCCGCUGCGUCCUCUCCCUCAAGGCCAAACCUGUUAUAUCAAGUGGCAUUAGCCGCGUCGAGGAGCAGGAAGAACCGGUAGACCCUUCUGUGGGCCGCGCGUGUGUCGACGAACCAGGGCGCCUUUUGUUGUUUGGUUCAUCGGAUAUAAUCAAGAGAGUGAGGGAAGAGUAUAAUGUGAAGGGGCUGGUGUGUUUGGGUGGAUUUAGGAAUGUGAGGGCGGUGUAUGAUUGGAAGGGAUUGAAAUUGGAGCUUGAUGAGACAAUAUAUGAUUUUGGGACGAGUUACGAGAUUGAAUGUGAGAGCGUGGAGCCAGAGAGGGAUAAGAAAUUGAUUGAAGGGUUCUUGGAGGAGAAGGGUAUAAGGUACUCUUAUUCAGAUGUCAACAAGUUUGCAGUUUUCCGCUCGAGGAAGUUGCCUGACUGAUUGAGAAUGCAGUGUAAAAGCCUCAGUUAUGGUGCUUCAGCUGAUGUAGAUUCGAUCUUGUCUCUCACGUAUUUGUGACCUUUUGCCAAUAAUAUCUCUACCCAUAACGUGGGAUUUCAGCAAAACAAAUGCAUUUUAAGUAUCCAUUAAUUCAUUGGAAUUUACUAAGCUGUUAUUUGGGAUUUCGUGGUCACUGUUUCAGCUGUAGUUUUGCAUUUAGCAUUUGGUAUAGCAGAUUUAUGAGAUCUUCUGUUGACUUUGGUUGUCUUCUUGUUGGUUGAAUGCUAGUGAAAAUUAAGGAGUA